CCGGCCCGCGGCCCGGCCCGCACCCCCGCCCGUCGCCUCCCGGGCUCCCGGGCGACCCCGGCUCGGCCCCGCAGCAUGCAGCAGCAGCAGCACCCGCGGCGGCGGAGGCGGCGGCGGCUCUGAGGAGAGGCGGGCGGGCCGGCCGGCCGGCCUGCGGGCCCCACGCGGGGCGGUCGCGCCCGUGAGUCCGGCCCGGCCCCACGCGGCCCGCGCGGCGCCUUUGUUGCCGGCGCCGCCGCCGCAGCGCCGGGAGCGUGCGGAGGGCGAAGGCGGGCGGGCGGGCGGGCGGCCGCGCGGCCGGGGACGGCUGACAGAGGAUGGAGGCCGCGCCCGACGGCGCCGCGGACGUCGUGCCGCUGGACCGCUACGACCCGGCGCGCGCCAAGAUCGCCGCCAACCUGCAGUGGCUCUGCGCCAAGGCGUACGGCCGAGAUAACAUCCCUGAGGACCUCAGGGACCCCUUCUACAUCGACCAGUACGAGCAGGAGCACAUCAAGCCGCCUGUCAUCAAGCUUCUGCUGUCCAGCGAGUUGUACUGCCGAGUCUGCAGCCUCAUCCUGAAAGGGGACCAGGCAGCCGCCUUGCAGGGACACCAGUCUGUCAUCCAGGCCCUGUCCCGGAAAGGGAUUUACGUGAUGGAGAGCGAUGACACCCCUGUGACGGACCCUGACCUCAGCCACGCACCCAUAAAGAUGAGUGCCCACAUGGCGAUGGUGGACGCCCUCAUGAUGGCCUACACCGUGGAGAUGAUCAGCAUCGAGAAGGUGGUGGCCAGCGUCAAACGCUUCUCGACGUUCAGCGCCUCGAAGGAGCUCCCCUACGACCUCGAGGACGCCAUGGUGUUCUGGGUCAACAAGGUGAAUCUUAAGAUGAGAGAGAUCACCGAGAAGGAAGUGAAGCUGAAACAGCAGCUGCUGGAGAGCCCGGCCCAUCAGAAGUCUCCCUCCAAGUGGUACUGGAAGCUGGUGCCCGUGCGCUACCGCCGGGAGCACCUGUCCACGAGGCAGCCGCCCUACUUCCCGUUGCUGGAGGACCUGAUGCGGGACGGCAGUGACGGGGCCGCUCUCCUGGCCGUGGUGCACUACUACUGCCCGGGGCACAUGAAGCUGGACGAUAUAUGCUUGAAGGAGGUAACGUCCAUGGCUGACAGUCUGUAUAACAUUCGGCUUCUGAGAGAGUUCUCGAAUGAAUACCUUAACAAAUGUUUUUACCUCACUUUAGAAGACAUGCUGUAUGCUCCCUUAGUGUUGAAGCCGAACGUUAUGGUUUUUAUAGCCGAACUCUUCUGGUGGUUCGAGAACGUCAGACCAGAUUUUGUCCAACCCAGGGAUGUUCAGGAGCUGAAAGAUGUGAAAACCGUGUCGCACCAAAAAAGCAGUCGGCCCCCUGUUCCUAUCUCCAACGCCACCAAGCGCAGCUUCCUGGGCAGCCCCGCGGCGGCGAGCCCGGCCGAGCUGCCGCCCCCUACCCCGCUGCCAGCCGAUGGCUACCACCGGCACCACCUGCACCCCGAGGAGCCCGAACAUCUGGGGAAAGGGGCUUCUGCGUUUAGCCCGUCUCACCCUCUGCUGCCCCUGAGGCAGAAACAGCAGAAGACGGUGCAGGGAGAGGACGCGCCCGAUCAGCGGCACCGGUCCAAUUCCUUGACUCGCGUGGACGGGCAGCCACGGGGAGCAGCAGUAGCGUGGCCAGAAAAAAAAAACAGGCCCGUGUCUCAGCCAGCGCCCUUUGCUCUCCAUCACGCCGCGAGUGGCGAUGUGGACCCCGGCUCUGGCGACAGCGUCAGCUUGGCCCGUUCCAUCAGCAAGGAUAGUUUGGCGUCCAACAUCAUCACCCUGACCCCCCAGAACCAGCCACAUCCCUGCACCCUGAGGGCCAAUGGGAGGAGCCUCCUGAACAAUGUCGACAUGGAGGACGAGGACGAAGAGCUCGUAGCCAUCAUUAGGACGGACGGGGCUCCCCACGGCGGUGACCUGGGCCCGGUGUCAGGUGCCAGGUCUCCCCAGAGACUGGCAGGCACCUCAGAAAGUAAACCUGACAGUUUCUUCUUGGAGCCGUUGAUGCCGGCUGUGCUCCGGCCGGCCAAGGAGAAGCAGGUGGUCGCCAAGGAGGACGAGUGUGGGGAAGGGCGGCCGAGAAGCUGCACGGCCAGGAGGCCUGGUGAGGGCCACCCGCCUCUGGGGCGGAGGAAGGCGCCCGGCACGCACGCCAGUCGUGACUUGAACAGGACUUUCACCCCCAUCUCCUCCUCGGAACUGUGCACCGAGGCGGGGCCGCAGGCUGGGGAGGCCCGUGGCGGGCCCCUGCCUGGGGGCAGUUUUGACCCGCCGUCCCAAGGGCAGUCUGCCGACGGCUUCUUUCUGCACGUGGCCAGAGCCGACGAGGAUGUGGAGGGCAGGCUGUCCGUGGGCCGUGCGAGAAGCCCCCGCGCCCCUGACCCAGAGCCGUGGACCGUCCUGAGGCAGGACUCCGACUCGGACGUGGCGGACCUGGAGGAGGCCGAGCACGACUUCCUGGGCGAGGACCGCGCCGUGCUGCUGGCGAAGUGCAUGGGCGAGGAGGAGUCGGCCAAGCUGCAGGAGGACAUGCAGGUGAAGGAGCACGAGGACAAGGACGACGCCAGUGGCCGCUCCAGCCCCUGCCUGAGCACCGUCUCCCAGGUCAGCAGCGUCUCCAUGGCGAGCGGGAGCGUGAGGAUGACCAGCUUUGCGGAACGGAAGCUGCAGAGGCUCAACAGCUGCGAGACCAAGUCGAGCACCAGCAGCUCCCAGAAGACCACGCCCGACGCCUCGGAGAGCUGCCCCGCCCCGCUCACCACGUGGAAGCAGAGGAGGGAGCAGAGCCCGGGCAGGCAGGGCAGAGACCACGCCAGCCUGCUGGCCUCCGAGCUGGUGCAGCUUCACAUGCAGCUGGAGGAGAAGCGCAGGGCCAUCGAGGCCCAGAAGAAGAAGAUGGAGGCGCUGUCUGCCCGGCAGCGCCUGAAGCUGGGAAAGGCGGCCUUCCUGCACGUGGUCAAGAAGGGCAAGAGCGAGGCCGCUACCCAGCCACUGAAGCCAGAGCUCGUGGCUCGGGAGUGCGCACAGCACGACGGGGAGGACUACGACACGGCCGUGUCCAGAACAGAGGUGUUUCUUGUGAGGGACCUGGGCAGGGACAGUCUCGGCGAGGGUCAGGGUGUGGACAGAGAGAGCUUGGCUUUCCUCCCGCAGCUCAGCCUGAAGGACCCUGCCGCCCUGCCGGAGCUGGAGAAGGGCAAAGUGCUGCCUGCCGCCCUCCUGGAGGACUCCGGGGACGUGGCCGACGUGGGCGAGUGCGACCUCUCCAUCGAGAAGCUCAACGAGACGAUCAGCACGCUGCAGCAGGCCAUCCUGAAGAUCUCCCAGCAGCAGGAGCAGCUGCUCCUGAAGUCCCCUGCGGCACCCGCCCCAGGUUCCAGAAACAACACCCAGGACCCAAAGGUCCAGGCGUCCAUCCACUUUGUGGAGCCGCUCUCUCCCACCGCAGUGACGGGCCACCGCAAACCUCCCCGCCUCGGCCAGGGCCGGAAUUCCCGGCUGGGGAGACCAGCCGAGCUGAAGGUUGCGAAAGACAGGCAGCAGGGUUCCCGCAGCAAGACGCCGACGCCCAGCGUGGAGGCCCUCCCUCACGGACGGCCUUUUCCGCCUCGGGCGCCCUCGGACCCGGGCUGGGAUGGCGCCGCAGACCCUGGGGGUGACCCUCACGAGAAGGGCUUCUUCGACAGCUACCGGCUCCACGAUGAAAGCAACCAGCGGGCGUUUGUCCUGUCCUCGCCCAAAGACGCGAACAUUCUGUCGGAACAGAUGAGCCUCAAAGAAGGUCUGGACUUUGGCGCGAAGGAGGCGGGGCUCAGCGUCCCCGCUGUCUCAGGAAAGGAGGACGGUUCCGUGGACGGGGCCCCGAGGAGCAAGGCCAGCCUCAUCGAGGUGGACCUGUCCGACCUGAAGGCCCCCGAUGAGGACGGACAGACGGAGGGCCGAGAGAGCACGGUGGACCUCAGCGUUGAGGGCGACCAGAAACCGGGGGUCGGCUUCUUCUUCAAGGAUGAACAGAAGGCGGAGGAUGAACUCGCCAAGAAGCGGGCGGCCUUCCUCUUGAAGCAGCAGCGCAAGGCCGAGGAGGCCCGUGUGCGGAAGCAGCAGCUGGAGGCGGAAGUUGAGCUCAAGAGGGACGAGGCCCGGCGGAAAGCCGAGGAGGACCGGGUACGGAAGGAGGAGGAGAAGGCGCGGCGCGAGCUCAUCAAGCAGGAGUACCUGCGGAGGAAGCAGCAGCAGAUUCUGGAGGAGCAAGGGCUGGGCAACUCCAAGGCAAAGCCGAGAAAGCCCCGGCCCAAGUCCGUGCACCGGGAAGAGCCUCGCGGCGACUCGGGGACCAAGUGCCCCUUGACUCCUGACAACCUGAGCCGGGCCCAGUCGGGCUCCAGCCUGUCCUUGGCCUCCGCAGCGACGACCGAGCCCGAGAGCGUUCAUUCGGGGGGCACGCCUGCCCAGCGAGUUGAGUCGCUGGAGGCCUUGCCCACACUGAGCCGCAACCCCAGCAGGAGCACAGACAGAGACUGGGAGACAGCGUCCGCAGCAUCCUCCCUCGCCUCGGUGGCCGAGUACACAGGCCCCAAGCUCUUCAAGGAGCCCAGCAGCAAAUCCAACAAGCCCAUCAUCCACAACGCCGUGUCCCACUGCUGCCUGGCUGGGAAGGUGAACGAGCCGCACAAGAACUCCAUAUUAGAGGAGCUGGAGAAGUGCGACGCCAACCACUACAUCAUCCUGUUCCGCGACGCCGGCUGCCAGUUCCGGGCGCUCUACUGCUACUACCCCGACACGGAGGAGAUCUACAAGCUCACGGGCACGGGCCCGAAGAGCAUCACCAAGAAGAUGAUCGACAAGCUGUACAAGUACAGCUCGGACCGGAAGCAGUUCAACCUGAUCCCCGCCAAGACCAUGUCCGUCAGCGUGGACGCGCUCACCAUCCACAACCACCUGUGGCAGCCCAAGCGGCCCGCCGUGCCAAAGAAGUCCCAGACACGCAAGUGACGCGCCGCGCGCGGGCCGAGGUGCCGUGGGCCCGUGCUCGCUUCCGCCAUUCCGCCGCGAAGGGCGAGGAGCCACAGACCUUUUUGGAAGGGGCUCCUGAGCGGCCGUGGGACACCACCCUCCCUCCUCCCGCGCAGGACGCCGGGCGGGGCUGGCACGGAGGGACGCGCGCCGGGUCCCGCCACUGCUGUGGUCACUGCUGUCCCCAGGCUGCCUGGCAAGGGGCGUGCGUGGGGCAGGGUUCCUUUUACUUGAAGUUCUUCGGUGUAAACUGACAGUGACUGACUCGGCUUCCUGGCCUCUCGCCUCGCCCCCUAUGCACACGGCUCGGCCCCUCGCGCCCUCGUGAGGGGGGAGGACGGAGACGGGCUCCCGUCGGCCAGGGUGCGCGAGCGUCUCCAGGAAAGGAACUCAUACGGGGGUCUCGUUCACUUGGGAAAUGUAUGAUAUUUAUUGAUUGUGUCUACUGCCAACGUUUAUACCCGAUCCUGAGAUUUCUGAAAAUGAUUUUUGUUCUUUGCUGCUCAGAAAAAGUUUACUGA